AAAAUGGCUAUUUGUGCACUUGACCCGAUUCAAGGCCCAGCCCACACUUCCUCUUAAAGCUCGAAGACGCCUCAGUUUUGCAGCAAAAAAUCACUUUAACUUUCCUAAGCAAACAUGACUCAAGAUGGAGAAAGAGUUGCUGUUGAAGGGGAUAGAGAAGAUAGAAUCAGUGAUUUACCAAGAAAUGUUAUAGAUCGUAUCCUUGAGCUCUUACCGGUUGAAGACGCAGCACGAACUAGUAUUUUGUCCAGAAAGUGGCGAUAUAUUUGGGCCAUGCUUCCAAGUUUAGUGCUGGGUUACCGCUUCUGUAAAAGUUUUAAAUGGGAGGAGUCCCCAUUCAACUUCAAAGAAGCAGUAGACAAUAUUCUGUUAAUGCAUAUGGGGGACAUUGUGAAGUUUGUUCUUGACACUAGAGCGCUUCGUUUGUCUUUAUCUGCAGCUAUUGAUAGAUGGAUGUUUUAUGUCACCAGAAAUGGUGUCAAGGAGCUAACCCUCCGUGUUUCAUCUUAUCAUACCUAUACACUACCUUCAUCUAUUUUUAAUUGUUCAUCACUGACAAAGUUGACACUCUUCAAAUGUGUCUUCAAACCACCGAAUUCCUUUCUUGGUUUUCAGAAUCUUAUCACCCUUUGUCUGCAGGGGGCAACCUUUGUGCCAACCACAUCGUUUUGUGUCAUCAAGGCUCCCCGUCUUGCCAGUUUGACCUUGGACUCGUGUAAUGGUACUCAAUACCUAAACAUAGUUUCACCAGGGCUGGAGUCCUUGUACGUUAGUAACAGUCAGUGGCAGUGCUAUCCCUUGCUAAAUUGUUUGAUAAAUUGCAAGAGUUUGACAGUGUUAAAACUUGAAUGUCACGACGUGGUUAACAAUCCAAAACCUAAUGAGAAAACAACUUUGGAGAAGCUUCUUGUUAGCUUGCCUGCACUUGAGGUACUCGAUUUGGAUUCUUUUUUUGUUGAGCUUUUGAGUGCAGACGUUGUCCCGAAUGGGCUUCCUGUUACGCUCAACUGCUUGUGGCAUCUAUUGUUAAAUCUAGACCUCGGCAAAAUGGGUCUGACUUCUUACGUUCUACAGUUGAUUAAGAAUUCGCCCAAUUUGAGUAAACUUGAGAUUCGGGUUGAUGGUACCAGCGACGAUGCCGAAACCGUUAUGAAGUAUCUGGACAUGCCAUCCUGCUUGGAACGACCACUCAACAACCUUGAGCAUGUGGCCAUCAAUUUUUUUAAGAGUUCAAAAGCAGAACUGCUUUUUGUAAAGCUAUUGCUUUCUUCCACUCCAUAUCUGCUAAGUAUGUGCAUUCGUCAGUGGGCAGACAUAGACGUUGAUAUUGCCUUAGAAUUGAUGCGUUUUCGCAGAGCUUCUCCCAGGGCAGAGUUAUUCUAUUCUCAACAAAAGACUUAAUGUUCUGCCAAAAUUGUUUUCAAAAAAAAAAAAAAAAAAGAAUCGAUGUUAACUCAAUAUAUGUGAUUUCAGUGUAGGUGGGCAGAUUAAUGUUUAUCUGUUGUUGAUUAGUUUUGUUAAACAAGGGAUGAAUUGGCAAAUUUUGUUAAUAUUUGGCGUUC